AUGGAUAAUUUAAAAAGUGCAAAGGAAUAUUUUGUAAGCUUAUUAGUUUAUCUAGAAACCUAAACUUAUAUAAGAAAUUAAAAAAAAGAGAAUCAAGGAAUUGCGUUCAAGCCCUAAUUGGGAACACAUUCAAUAAGUUGUUGAAAACAUCUAAUAAACAACAUAUUCAAUCAAUACGAUUAAGGCUCUUGAUGAUUCUAUUCUCAAAGCAUUGACUUUUAAAGAUAUUUGUGGAUCAGAUAUCGCUUAUCAUUUAAUAAUAAAUUUUCAAUUUGACCAAUUUAUUGAUAUCAUAGGAUAAGUUGAGUCACUUUUUACUUCUAAUUUCAAUUAAGUCAUUCAAUCUGUCAUUAAGGGAAUUUCAUUAAUUAAAAAAGAAAAUAAUUACAAUAAGAUUUUGGCAUUUAUAAAAUAACUAACAUCUAUUUUAAAUGCACGAAGGGAAUCAGAAUAGGAUAAAGGUAUCAUAUUAAUCAUAUAAUUUAUAAGCAUUUAAAUUUAAUUUAGACAUUGUUGUAAGUUCAAGAUACAAUUAUCUCAAGAGUCUUUGGGAAUUAAAAUUAUUGAUGAAUCUUUAUAGAUUGCUUGGAGAUUUUGAAUCUGAAAUAACAAAACUUAGCGCCAUCAAGAAAGAUCUAAAUAUUAUAAAACUACUCAAUUCGCCAUCUUAAGAGAGAGGUUAAGUUUCUCCUUUAAAAAUUUAAUCGUAUUUUUCUGGGGAUGUUUAGAAUUAUAUGUAAUAUGUAUAAUAAUAAGAAAUAGUAUAUUGAUUAAGGAAAAGUGCUGGGAUCUGUUUUUCAGGCUGGACAUUGCCACAAUUUUUAAACCUCUAUCAGAUGGAUUAUCUUUGUAUAUGAGAUUAUUGAAGGCAGCUCCUUUUUAUGUAUUAGUAGAAUUUCAUUAAAUGCAUAAUUAAAUUAUUAAGGAGAGUCUCGACUCAUAACACAAAGGGACAUAUAACAUUUUACAUUGCAUUUCUGAAAAUAAAUAUCCUAUUGAUCAAGAGUUUAUAUAAAUAUUAUAGGAGCUUAAUUUAGGCAAUCUUAAGAGAUAGCCAUAUAAUCAAUAAAUACCGCUUGUAUUUUAUUUAAGAAAAUAAAAAUCAAUAAAUUAAAACUAUUUAAAUUAUCUUUCCACAGAUAUUAUAGAUUAAAAUCAGAGCCAAUACGAGGGUUUAUAACUAUUAAUGUCAUUAUAUACUAGAGGAAUGUAUUAAAAAUAACGUAUUGGAGAAUGCAGAAAAAUUGUUAAAAACUAUAAUAAAUAUAAAAAGUAACCAAAAUAAUCAAAAAGGAAAAUUCAACCUGGCAGAAAAAUUAUUAAAACCUCUUAUAAUCCCUAAAAGUAACCCAAAUAAUUAAAAGGGAAAAUUCAAAAUUUCAAAAAAAUAAAACCAAGAUAUAAAUUGUCCAAAAGCGUAAGUGUAAAGUAAGACUAAUUUAGACAACAAUUAAGUACAUUUUCAGAUGAUAUUAAAUAUUCUGCGUAAAAUAUCUAUGAAAAUACUGCAGCAAUUCAUAAAAUUUAUAAUUUAAAAGGAAUUAAACAGGACUUCAACAUCACUCAAUAUAGUUUUUCUUUGUGUCACUUUGAUUAUAACAUUUCCAAAAUAGACUAACCAUUAGCAAUUUGGAUAAAAGAUUCAACAUUAUUAGAUUAAUUUUUAAAUUAUCUUGAAAAGGAUUUUUGUUCAAAUAUUAAUCAAUAAAUCAAGGAAGCCAUCGAAACUCUAUUACAAGAACUCAAAUAUUCUAUUUCAAUCGAUGAUUUAAUAGUUUAGAGAAAAAUUGUUAUUUUAAAUACUUUGUUAAAGUAAAACAGGACAGAAUAAGAAAAUGAAAGGAUAAAAAGUUAAAUUUCAAAUUUAUUGAGUAAAAGUUAGGAAAGUUUAAGAAAGCCAUUCUGUAGUUAUUCUAAAUAUUAAACAUUUUAAGAUUAUUUGAUAUUCAAUGAUUUAAUAACAAUAGAAGAAUACUAAAUUGAUAAUGCAUUUGAAUCUGUUAUAAAUCUUCUUAGUUUGGGACUUAGAAAUUAGGAUUAUAUUUUGGGAUUAGCUAAGAAAGUUGAAAGAGAUGAAUAGUAUCCAUCUUUAGAUUCUUUGCUCUAGAUUUGCUUUUAAUAAAACAUUAUAGAUAAAUGUAGCAAAUUGUUUAAUUUGAAGAAUCAAAAAGAUUUUCUUGAUAAUCUCAUUGAAUAAUCGUUUAUGAAAAGUAGUUUGAUUAAGACUCCUAAAGGUAUUGAACUCAUUUAUUAGUUUUUGGGGUAUCGUUUGCAUAUUUAAUUAUAUAAAAAUGUUCUUUACAAUUUUUAAGAAGAAUGUGUAAUAAAAUUCUUUUAAUUAUUUUAUGAAAGAGAAUAAUAAGAUUACUUUAUUAAACAGAAAUAGUACACAAAAUUAAUUAUCAGUCAUUUGACCUAAUAAUAAUUAGGAUUGAUAUUCUAUUAUUAAUUAUAGGGAAUCAGGGUCGAAUUCAAUAUCAAUUCCCUUAAAUAUAAUGCAUCUACAAUAUAAGAGGAAAUUGUUUUAAGAUAAAUCAAUGAAAGCAAAAACUUUUUAUAAGUUCUGGUAUCAAAUGAUAAAUAUUCUGAAUUUUUAUAAGUGAGUUUAAAAUUUUAUCCUUUAUUUUAAGCAAGAGAUGGCAUCGAUUAUGUAUUAGAGGCUUUGAAUAAUGAAGCAUAUAAAAAUUUGGCAAUCUUGGAAUAAUGGAUUUUUGAUAAUUUUGAUGAAUGUUAAAGUUCGAAUAAAUACAAAAAUACUAUUUUUAUCUUUUUGAGACAUCACAGCUUCUUAAUAUAUGGGGCAUUUGGGAAGGCAAGUAAGAGGAUUGACAGAGAGAAAUUCAAUAGGUAAAUUAAAAACUAUUGUAACAUAUUCGGAAGAUAAAUUGAAUUGUAGAAGACAUUAAAACAACCAAAUAUUUUCGAUCUCAAGAAUCUAAAAAAAUUUAAUAAAUCCUUUAUUAGUUAUCUUGAUAGAGAAAACACUAUUCUAUUUUCUCAGCUUAUCAAAGAACACUUCUAAAGUCAAAAAUCAUCUAUUCUAAUUAAUUAUGUUCGUAAUUCAGAAAAUCCAGCAAUACCAGAAAUAAUACAUUACAGUUAGAAUAAAAGAAUACUUGAACAUCUUGAAUAUUUGGAUUUAAUUACCAAAGAAGAAUCUGAGGUGAAAUCCAUUAUUCAAAAUCUUGAACUGUUACAAAAGAGAGAGUAAGAAGGAGAGGAAGAGAAUUCUGAUAUUUAAAUCAAUAAAUACGUAAUUCUUUAUUAUCUGACUCAUUUUACAAAUUUAGAAUUCAUUAAACCUUACUUUUUGAAAUGUAAUUAUCAUGAUAUCGGCAAUGUAUUUUUAAAGCUAUUAGAAAAAAAUUCAUUUCGAACAGUAGAAUUCAUUUUAUUGAAUCAUAAAGGUAAAUUAAAAGAACCUUAAAUACAACUUAAUAGUUCAAAAGAUACUUACUUAAGGGCUUUAGGUUCCCAUUGGAGUAUAACUUUGACAGCAAAUCAAUUCAAAGAUUUAGUUUAAAAUAACAAUGUUUAGAAUUAGGAGAAGGAGUAAAUCUUAGAGUUGUUAACCAAUUCUGGUCAUUUUGAAAAAUUGGAGUAUGUCCCUAAUUGGAUUAAUAAUGAUAAUUAAUUGAUAGAACUAGCUUCUAUAGCUUGCUCACUUUUGGUUAAAGAAUAUAAUUGGUAAAAUAAAAAAUUUAAAAAUGCCUCUAUUCCAGUAUUUAUGUAUCAGAAAACUAAAAUGAACUAUACAUUAACCAAGUUAAUUGAUUAACCUAUUGAAACUCCUUAUUUAUUCACUCAUAGAUUGGGAACAGCAAAAGUGCUCUAUAAUUAAAUUCUUGAGAGAAAUGUUGAUUUAAAAGAACAUAAUAAGAAUUACCUCUUAUUCCAGAUUCUUUUCCCAAACACAAAUUGGACUUUUGAUACUAAAGAGUGCGAUAUGGCUACUAAAUUUCUACUUUUGAUAAAAUUGAAUUUAUUGAAACAAAAUUGGAAAAGCUAUAUAGAAAUUAUAAUAAAAAAUGCAGCCUUUUAUUAUGAAGUUCUUUAUGACUUUUCAGAAGUUUUAUAUGCUAAAAGAUACACUGAAGCAUGGAAUUCAUUAAUAAACAUGAUUGACUAAUUGGUGCCAAUUUAUGAAGGCAUAUCUAAAGAUAGUCCAACUACUAACGGAUUAAGAUAAAUCUAAACUGUCAUGCAUCAAACAAGAACAGAAAAUGUUAAAAACAAUUAUUUUGCAAAAUAACUUGAAUAGCACUUUGAGGAUAUCUAGUUUAAGAAUUUAGAAAUAAAUACCAGAUUAGCAAAUAUUUAUUAUGGACUUCCAUUUGAGAUUGGAACAUUCAAUGAAGUAGAUUUAUUUGUAGCUCUAAUGGGUAGAAACUAAAAUUCAAUUCUAAAGCUACUCAAAAAUUCAAGUAUUAAUAUUGCUACGUUAUUAAAUAAGUAUAAUGUCAUUCAAUACUUAAUCAAACAUGGAAAUGAAGACACAGUUAUUGAAGUAUUAAAAUUACUAACAAGCAGUGAAAUUGUUGAAUCUCAUUUCUUUCAUCAUGGUUUGCCUUUGCUCACCUAUAUUGUAUUUAAGAAGUAGUAUAAACUAUAUAACUUUGCCUAAAAGUAUUUAAUUAAUUAAUGGACCUUAAAGCCAAAGAUAAUAGAAUAAAUAAUUCACAGCUAAAUUUAAGAAUUAACUAUCCAUCAAUUUGCUUAAUUAAAUUCAUUCUAUGUUUAUUUCGAAUUACCAAUAGAAAAGAAAUUAAUUCUAAGAACUAGCUAAUUUUUAAUACCAAAUUCUCAUAACAUCUAACUCAAAGCAUAUAGGGUUUAUUCAAUACUCAAAAUCAUAUUCAACAAUAUGCCAUUAAGAUAACUUGAGAUUAUUAGUUUGUUGUGUGUAUAAAUUAAAGAUGACUCAUAAAUCAGUUUGGAAAAUUUGUUUAAGAAGUUUGGCAAAAAUUAAUUAAUCGAAGACUUAUUUUUAUCUAUUUAUGAUAAUGAAAAGAAUGACAAAAAGGAACUCGUUUUAGAUCUAAUGAGUGAAUUAGGACUUAGCUGUUCAAUAUAGUUAGAUCAAUUUAAUGAAGCUCAAUUAGAAUGGCUCUACAAAAAAAUAUAUCAACAGUAUGGCCAUUAUCAUUUCUUGAUUGAGAAAAUUAUAAGAUUAGCUCCCAAUUCGUUUAUAAAUAAUGAUAUUUUGGAUUGUCCUAAAUUAGCAUUGAUUGUAGCACAACAUGGCAGAUUUGAUGCAUUGUAAAAUUUAGUUGAUGUUUAAAAUUUUGGAUAAAACUAUACAAAACUAGUAUCAGCACAUUUCAUUAAAAUUAUCUUAAUGGUAAAAUAUGGAUAGAAUUAUGAUCCAUUAAUUGAACCCAAAGAUAUAGACGAAAUCCAUUUGAAACAUUACGUGAAUGCCUUAGAUUUUAUCGAAUCUGAUCAACAAGGCUCUAUUAGUAUUUAGUUUAUGAAUCAACUCAUUCCUAUACUACAUGUUGAAAACUCAUCGAUCUAAUAUAUUGAUAAAUUUUAUGGAUAAUUUAAAUCCGAAAGUAACCAAAUCAAAAAGGCUUUCAAAAUUAUAAUCAAGUUGAAGGAAUUCAAUUAUGAACUCUAACAAAUAGAGUUGAAUGCUAUUGCUAAAUGUGAUUACCUAGUUAAAAAUUUCAAGUUCUAAUUCGGAGAGAAAUUUAGUUUAGUUUAAAGUGGACAAUCCUCUACAAUUGUAAUUCCCUUUGAUUAUUAAGAAAAUGAAUUAGAAGAGUUUUUGAAUGGAUUACCUUGUUUUUACAAAGAGUUAUAUGAAAGUACAAUUACAAGUAAGGCAUUUGAGAAAAAGAGAGGUAUAUUCAAGAAAAAGGAUAAACUUGUCAUCAAAUUUGAAGACCAGAACUUAUCUCCAUUUUAUAAUGAUUUAAGAUUUUUGCUGCCUCUAUUGAAGGAAUAAAAAUAACCUGCAGAUAGUCUAGAAUAUAAGAAUGAGUAUUAGAUUAAAGGAUGGUAGCAACUAUCAAAGAAAGAUCAUGAUGAUAAUUGUUUUGUUUACACUUCAGAUGUUACAUUCACAUAAGAAUGGGCUUAAACCAUUUUUUAUUAAGAACCUUAAAAAUCAGAGUAUUUUUAAAAAUAUCAAAAUCAAAUCUUAAUUUUCUUUAAUACAAAAAUAAUCUUAAAUUAAGUUGAAAUCUAAUAUUAAUUAAGUAAUUCAUUAAAAUAGUUACUCAAUCUUUCAACUAAAGGGUUAGAUUAAAAGUGUAAAAUAGAAUUAGAAUCAUUUAUGAAAGUGUUCUUUAUGAACAAAAACCUCUAUUCUGUUUACAACAAUUGGUAUAAUCUAAUAAAUGGUAUAUCCACUUAUCCAACAUUGAUAGCCAUUUUAAGACAAAUUUUAACUUAUGUUUGUCAAAUCACAUGUAUGUUCAAUUAAAAUAGCGAUAAUAAUUAAAUAACUGUAAAGUUUGAAAUUACUGAUACUCAAGGUAUAUCACCUUAAAGUCACUAUCUGGAUGAAUAUUUCUCUUUUUGCAAACCUUCUAUAUAUUUAGAGAAUGAGACAAUUAUCGUUACAAUUCCUGUAAGUAACAGUGGUAAGAAAGGAGAGAGAACAACUUAUUUAGAGGAGAUUUUUAGUGCAAUUGAUUUAGAUUAGUUUAUCAAGGAGUAAUUUUCAUUAAAAGAUAAUUUGGACGCUUUGAUUUUGAGAUAUUAAUUGGAGGAAGCUGCUAAGGAAACUUGUGAAUAAUUUAGAAAAUCGAACAAUUUUGAUCUAUUAAUAUAAUUAGAUAGGAAGGAUGUAAGAUAAUAAAUAGAGAAUCUUAAUUAUGAAUAAUAAAUAGAUUAUUUAAAUAAAUUCAAAACAUAUUUUCAAUGGACUUUGAAUUUAGAUUUGUAAAAAUUAAUAGCAGGUAAUAGAUUCUCGUAAUUCUAUAAGGAUAGUUUAUGUUCUGGUAAAUAUCUUACGAAGCCAUUAGAUAUUGGAAAUUUCUCUUAAUUUAAUGUUAAUUCAUUACAGAAUAAUUUUGGAAUCAUAUAAAAUAAAGAAUAAUUUUUAACAAAUGCAUAAAACAAAAGAAUAUAUCAUGUUUUUUAUACAAAGGAAAAUAGAAAUCAUGCUGUUUUCUGUUAAUUUGUGAAAUCAGUAAAGAACAGAAACUAUUUUAUUGAAUUAGAUCUAUACAAACUCAAAAGGAAAUAUAAUAAAUACGCUAACUUAAUAAUUAAAAGUGAUUACAUAAAAGGAGCUAUAUAUUACACUUAUGAAUAUGACAAAUCAAUCACAGAAUAGAAUGCAAAAUUAGUACUUAUUGAUUUUGAGGGUCACUAUUAUUUUAACUAGGAUGUCAAUUUUGCAAACUAAAUUCAAGAUCACACAACACUAUCUGAUAACAUCAAAGUUACUAAAUUAAGCUUUGGGCUUUCUUUUGAUAGAUCAAAUAUUGGUUAAAAUAGACUUUACUUUAAUUAAAUUGAUUUCAGAUUGAGGGAUUAUUUGGAAACAUCAAGCAUUUAAUCCGACAAAUCUUAUGACUUAUAAAAAUUAAGGGUAGAUAAAAGUUAAAUUAAGCUUGAUCCUCAAUUAGCUGAAUAUAAUGGAUUUGAAGAUAAAUACAAUAAGAAGAAAAAACAGAGAAACUAGAAAUUACAUAACAUGCUUUUAACCAUUCUAUCUUAUGUUUCUGAUCAUGAUGCUACUCCAACUUAAUUUGAAAUUCCAGGCUAGAAUACAAAAUUAAAUGAUGAAAACCUGGACUCAUUAACAGAUUAUUGUAAGUAAUAUAGAAAAUAAGAAUUAUAAACUCGUGCUGGAGAACUUAGAAAGGACAGGGUUAUGUUUUAUGAUUGUUUAAACAACCUGAUAAAAAAUAAAAAAGUUAUAAAUGAUAUUAAAUGCUAUGUUUAGCAUGAAAAGUUUAAGGAGAUAGUGCAUCAUCCUGAGGUCUCUUUCAAUAAUGGAGUAUGCCUAUCUUGGACUCCUUAUAUCAAAGGAUAAUAUGAUGUAUUUGUGAAUGGUCAAUAAAUGAAUUUCAAGUUUUCUGUUAUGGCUUCUAAGUAGAUCUAGUCUGAAAAAUUCAAGUUAAUAAAGGAUGAAUCAGAAUUUUAAUACUUUGUUGAAAAAGACUUAAGAUUCGAAUUAUACGACAUCUAUAACAAUUUGAUAACAAGAGCUGAUGAAAUGCCAUCUGCCUUAUCGGUUAAAGUUAUGAGUUCUAAUUUUACAGUGAAGACUAGAUGUGAUUACAAUGACAGUUGGUGUGUAUUAUACAUAUAAUUUUGCAAUUAUGCCAAGCCAGAUGAUAAGAUGGAUGAAUGCAAAUUGGAAAUAAAUUUAGACAACAAAACCAUUAUACAAGGCAAAAUAGUCCAAAUCAAACCAUAACCAUUGAAUCAAAAGAGAAUCGAUUCAUUCUCAUCCAAGUUCACAUAUGGAAGUCCAGUUUAAUACUUAAUAAUAAGAGCAAACUUCCUUAAUUCAUUAGCUUAGAUGGAUAAUCAUUGGGGAUUACAUACUCUAAAGUUCAGUUUCCUUUAAGAGGUAGCGAAUGACUAGGGAGGACCUAGCCGAGAAUUCUUUUGUUUAUUCGGAAAGAAUCUUAAGGAUCCUUAAAAUAAUUUGUGUCAUCCCACUCAUAUGGAUGGCUUUUUCUACUUAAGUAAGGGUAUGCUUUUAUUGAAUGAUUCAAUAACGUUUGCAAUUGGUAUGUUGCUGGCCUAUGCGAUUGCAAAUAAACUAAAGAUUGGAAUAUCCUUUGCUCUGCCUUUUUGGAAGAUAAUUUGUGAUCUACCAUUAGAGUUUUCUGAUUUAAGUUAUGUAGUCGAACCACAAAUCUAUCAGAGUUAUCAGUACUUAAGAAACCUAAAAGAAGACGAGUUGUUUUAAUAAGACAUUUACUUUGUGAAUCAGUCAAAUGAAGUUGAAUUGUGUGAGAAUGGUAAAACUAAGAAAGUGGAUUGUAGCAAUCUAGAAGAAUAUUUACAGUUAUCUGCUUAGUAUAUACUUAAAGGUUAGUAUGAGAAUGUUUUUAAACAACUCAAAAGAGGAUUCCAAGGGUAAUUUGAUGCUAAAUUGUUGAUCCAGAACUUUGCUCUCUUCGAAAUUAAUUAAUUGAUUGACAUCAUAGAUUACUAAAUCAACAAAGAAAAAUUAUUGAAGUGCAUUCAUUUCUCCAGGAAGAACCAAAUAAAUGAAAACUACUUUACUUAAUAUGUAAGUGAGGCAGAUUAAGAGAAAUUAGAGCAUCUCUUGACAUUUGUUACAGGUAUUACCAUUCAUUUAUAAUAAUAGGCAGUAAGUAUAGUAAUUUGGAGAACUUUAAGAUAGAUGUACAAACUAAUUUAGAACUCUAAAAAGAUAGACUCCCAGUGUCUAGGACAUGCAGUAACGUUUUAAUAAUUCCAUAAUAUCCUACUUAUUAUGACUUCAAAGCCAAAAUGGAUGUGGCGUUAGAUUGGGGACUGGAAUUCUUUGGUCAGGGUUGA